GCGUGGACAUUACAGCUGCUGAGAAGUUCUCUGGUCUCUCUGUAACAUCUGGCUCUUUGCUGCGCUCCAGCUGAAGGCGAGAGAGGCUGCCUUCACUUUCUCAGACUGACAGACAUCGACUGUUCAACCCGACGAGCUUCAGCUCCUCAGCAGUAAGGUUGCUAUGGUGAACAGCAGGGUGGAGGCGCCCACGGUGGCAGUGAUGGGCGGUGGCGGGGGGACAGCGGGCAGGUUGUGCGCAGGAUGUGGAGGUCGAAUCGCAGACCGCUUCCUACUCUUUUCCAUGGAGCGGUACUGGCACACGCGAUGCCUCAAGUGCUCAUGCUGCCACGCUCAGCUGGGCGAGUACAGCAGCACCUGCUACAGCAAAGGAGGCAUGAUCCUCUGCAAGAAUGACUACAUCAGGCUGUUUGGACACAGUGGGGCCUGCAGUGCUUGUGGACAGUCUAUACCUGCUAGUGAGAUGGUGAUGCGAGCACAAGGCAACGUGUACCACCUGAAGUGUUUUACGUGUGCGACCUGUAGGAACCGCCUGGUGCCUGGCGAUCGCUUUCACUACAUCAACGGGACGAUCUUCUGUGAACAUGACCGGCCGGGAGGAGGUCUGCUCAGUGGUCAUCCAACUCCACUGCAGGCCAACAGCAUGAUGCCCGACCAGAAGGUGUGUUGAAGAAGAGGAUGGAAAACCAAAUGUGUGCCUUCUCCCCCACCUUUCUCCUCUGUCCCUCCUUCACCCUCCCCCUUGACCUGUAAAUCCUGCCAUUGGUUAACCCCCCUGCAGUCUGAUGGACUGUCCCUCCACAGUCUGGAUAAAGCCAUUACUGCUCCUCCUUUAGAUUCCAACAUCCCAACACAAACUGGCCUCUCUGAGUGGUCCGUGAGGAGAGAAAUCUGGACAAGUGCAGUGCUCUGAUGGAGGGCUGAGGAUGCUGAGGAUGGCUGGAACUGAUUUAUACAAUAGACUUUUGUCUAUUGUGAACUGUGGCAAUAUUACAGCAAGAAGUGGCUAUUGGGGGAAAAAUAGACUGUGGGGGAAUUCUCCAAUUCGUGUGAUUCCAACAGAAUCAUUCAUCGUCUUUACCCGGCUAUCGAGUAACAGUGGACAUUGAACACUAAAGAUAGACUGACCACAAUGUGAUUCCUGCAGGAGCUGAAACAUACUUCCAAAAUUACAAAGACACAUACAUACUGUAGUUCAACCUUUUCUUUGGUUUAUAGAAAAAAUGUAUGGAUCUCCUGAGUAAGUCUCUUGUAUUCAAUAAACAUGUUAGUGUCUUGAUUGUCCCAUUGCAGUAAUAAAGGGCCAUAUCAGAGUUUUCUUCCUGUUCUAGCCCAAUAACUGCAAAUUGUGUGCACCAUAAAUUCUCAAAUAGUGGCCCGGGCCUUUAUUCAUGAGAAAGAACCAAGUCUUUGUUAGACACAGGCUUUUAUUUUUAAAUUUGCCCUCUUCCCCAGUUAAUGCAAAUGCAGCAUCUCUGCCAUGUUAACCCUUUAGCAUGUUAAAUUAAAUGUCCAUAUCCACUGGACACAGUGCAUUAGUACAGCAUGAGUCAUGUCAGGCCCUCAAGUAUGUACCAUGAAUGAAAUUCUACAGAAUUUUAACAUUAAAAGUCUUGUGGCUUUCCCCUAAUAGACAGCCUUUUAACACUUCCCCAGCCAGAGUAUUAUUAUUAUUAUUAAGUUGGUCUUUCAAGAACCCAGAAUAUUUAAUGUCUUGAAUAUAUGAACACUGACUACAUCAAAAUAAAGAACAAAUCUUCUGUUUUCAUACACACACAAAGAAAUAUUCUAUCUUCUUCCAUUCCUUAAUCAACACCUGAAUUCGUGCAUUUUCAACAAAACGUACUUUCUGACAAAAAGUGGGGAAAAUCGGAUUUUCGUUUAAAAAAAAAGUCAUUUUAAAGAGCACGUUCCCUAUCUGAAUAAGUUGCCAAAUGUGUCUCUUGUUGCUUUUUUAAAUAUAAUGUCACUGAGGAGGUCUGUAAAAGCCACUAAAUAGUGAUAAAGUCGACAAGUUAAUAGUCCACUCUUCCUGUUACCCUGGGAUCGUCUUGUUUGUUUGGUUUUGGACAUGGAAAUGUUGUUCCGUUGCACAGCGUCAGCAGUACAGUACUGUACAGUAACAGCACCUGUACAGUGAAAACACCAAUUUAUGAAAAAUAUCGUCAAUGGCAAGGAAACGUGUUGUAAAUGACAGAAAAGUGUUAAUGUAAAAAAGUCGCUAACACAGCUACAUUGCCAAAAUAAGUCCAAUAGACAACAGUCAGAUAGGUUGAAAACAAAACCUCAGCUUCGUCAAACCUGGAUGAAACAAUGAAAGCAAGCAGUUAAAUUUUUUACUUAAACUGUUGUAAAGGUCCAUCACAGUUUACAGCGCAGUUGUUCUUUUGUACUUGUGGUUUUUCUCUGCAGUUUGUGGUUAUUUGAGAUGUUACAGGAGUGCUGACUUUCAGUUUGACCUCCAAAUAAAGUGGUUGAGAUCAUUUGGAAAAA